UUCCGAUACCUGCAUCGUUCAAGCAACGACUGACGGAAGCUCUCCCAAUUUAUGGGAGAUUAACGCUCAAUCUGGAGAAGAAGCAUCGAGAUCUAUGUGACCUGGAUGACGCAUGUCCCGCAUGCAGAUAUGCGUCUGGUCCCAAGAUCAUAGCUGGAGAUGGAAACCAGUCGCUACGUCGUUUGCUAAGACAAAGGAUCCGAAGGAAGUCGCCUUUGAAGGCCAAGAGGAAGUCGAUCGCCCGUGGGUCAAGCCGGAGCAAGUAAUUCAAUAUGAAAGCUCGACAACUGACGGAUGUGAGACUUGGCAAGCUCCCAACUUGAAGAAGAGAGUAAAAACAAGCCAUCUGGACCAGACAGGAGCAUUCGCGUGUACGUGUGGUCAUGGUCAUCCAGUGGCCAUCAUCGAUAUGAAUACGCCAGGCGAACAAUACACAUACAUGCUUAGCUGUCUACAGAAGGUGAUCGACUUACCCCUUUACGGAUCAAACAUCCGCAUCAUGUACGAUGUCGGUUGCAAGCUUCGUCCUGCUCUGCAGAGAACCGAUCGUCUACACAGCAUUAAGGAUGUUGACAUUGCUGUCGGCAUUUUUCAUAUAACCGGGCACAAUCCCGAAUGCCAAAUUCAUUUUACCCUCGUUUGAGGAUCGGCUUUGGGCUGCAAGAUGGUGAACAUCUAGAGAGACUUUGGUCAUUCCUCAACGGAUUUGUGUCUAUGACACGACAUAUGUCGUCUCUCAACAGACGACUCACGCUGACGAUUGCUCUGAACUUUUACGCCCAACAAAAAGAUGACAAUUAGGCCAAUACAUCCACCGCAGAUACGUACGCACACUCAAGCUUGAAGAAGAUGCGCUGAAAGCUCUAAGACAGUCGGGCGUUAAUGUCAAUGAUGAAGAAGCGAUGAAAGAGAUGGAAGAGAAAUGGGAUAGACA